GCGAAACUAAAUGAAGAACGUGAGCUAUCGUAUCUGGAAAGGAUCGAGUUAGACUUCAAGGUGUUUGACGUAGGUGGGAAAUGUAUCGUCGAAAGUCCUUCAUGUAUCGUAAAAGCUCGUUUCCCAAAUGUGGAAUCUUACACGCGGUCACAUAAUGAGCUUUGGAUUGAAGAUCUUGCCAGAGAAGUUUCUAGUGCCAUAUGUAAGCUAGUAUUCCGCGAUUAUCUUGUGUAUAAUGAGAAUCGCUUCAUGAAUUGUGGCUUGACUACCAAAGCUAUGAUGGAAAAAGUCUGUCAUAUGUUAGGUGUACAGUGUAUCAGGCACGAAAGAUUUUACCAGCUCGGCGAACCCAUUGAUUCAUUGGAAGAUUUUAUCGCACCUAGAAACUGCAUCCUUAUAUCUGAUGAAGGUGUUGAGAUCAAAUUUGUUAGAGAACUACUAGAGCUCCAGUCGUCAUAUUUUGGUGUAGCUGUAAACUACCAAAACAACGAAGAAAUGCCACGAUUUCGCCUUCGUGCUAGUGAGACAGUGAUUGAAUGGGCUCUGCUUAGUAUCGUCAAUCCCAACUUUUUGAGAGCUUUGAAGACUAGCGAGGUAACUGGUCGAUUUACUCCCUUUCCUCGAUCAGUACCUGCUUUAUGCAAUCACAGCUGA